AUGACGGGGUACAAUCCCGAGGAAGAAGAGGACAACCAGGCGACCGUCUCCAGCAUCCGCGCCAAACUCAUGAAGAAGAAAAAUGUAUGCUUUCUCAUUCAUUAUAGGCCUGACGAGAAAAGUAAUUUCCCUUUGUGGUUCAGAAUUCCUUGAAAUUUGACCAAUUUGAUUCUUGAGGUAUCAAAAAAAAAAAAGACUCCAGAUGAACUUGCACAACUUCCUAGUUAUCGAUAUUGAGGUGGUAUGGAAAAAACACUAGCCAAAACUCAAACGGCGACUUUUCCGAUUUUUUCAUAUCGCUAGGGAACUUUCCGACGGCCACCUUUCCGACGAUCCCUUUCCGACUUUUUUCCCUGAUAUUUUUCGAUUUAUAAAACAUCUAUUAACAUUUUUUUUUCCUAUUUCUUUGUGUUUUAGUCAUGAAUGACUUGCCUAUUUUACAUGGGAAUAGUUAAAACGAAGAUUUUAUCGAGAAAAAAAGUCCGAAAAAAUUUCGUCGGGAAGGUGGCCGUCGGAAAGUUCCCUAGCGAUAUGAAAAAAUCGGAAAAGUCGCCGUUUGAAUUUUCGCUGGUGUUUUUUUCAUACACCACCGAAAAUGAUAGUCCAAAGAUUGGAAAAAGCCCUUUUUGCGUUCUUCAUGUUCAAAUCUUAUAUAAGACAGUUUUAUCGAUUGGAACGUUUUUAUUUUUCCAGAAGAGAGCUUUUAAAAACCUUUUUCUGAACUUUUUCUUAGUACCCUAUGGCAUCUAAAAGGUAUUUCUACGUCCUUCGAAGGCUCUCACCGAAAAUUACCCUACCAGGACGUUUUGAAAAUCUCUGCGAUUCACGAAGUUUCCCAGUAAUUGAACUUAUCUAUUGUUCAGGAGGUCACAUUCCAAGAAGAAGAAAAAGACGAAGAUUUCGAGCGCCUCAUAGACGAAGAAAGAAAAGCCCGCGAACGCGAAGAACUGUAGGAAAAUCUAAUCUUCUGAGAGUUAGCCAAUCUUUUUCAGAGAAAAAAUGGCUUCAGAACUCAAAGACAUGCAAAAAGAAUACAUCAAAGCCUUGAGGAAACCGAAAGAGAAGAAAAAAGUCGACGAUGGUCGGUUUUUGUUUGAUUUUCAAAUAAACUGAGGAUUUCUUCCAGAAACUCCGCAGAGCGAAGCAAUGGCAUCUUACACGCAACUGAAGAUGAAAUUCAAGUCGAAGGCCAAAAAUAUCGUCAAGCAGAAGGAUCCGAAGCGGGAAUCCCAAGUAAAUCGAGAAAUUUAGGAGGAAAUGAAUCUUUUUUUUUAGACGAUGGACAUGUUGGAAAGGUUCAAGAAGCGGCUGAAGUCGUCGAAUCAGGAAGCGAUUCUUUUCGACAAGAAGAUCAAAAUUGAGGAGGAGGUGAAGAAAGAAGAAGGAGAUGAAGAGGAGAAGAAGUUCGGAAUCGAUCUCGACGCGGAAGACGUCGCUGGAACCGACUGGUCGGCUUUUUAUUUUCAAUUUUUGACCUGAACUUUCUCACGUAAUCUCCCUAAGAAGCUUACUUUAUCUUGGAAUCAAUGUAAUAUUUUUGCUGAUACGAAGAAUCUUGUUCAUGUGUUAAUCGACAAGUAAACUUUGCAGGAUGGUGCACCGAUUCAAGGCGGAAGACACGGAUCCGGCGUUGUCCAAGGCGAAGGACGCCAACAUGCGUGACGUCAGCGAGGACUGGUACGAGAUCACCGAUCCCCGGAAUCUGAUCAACCGUCGGAGACGUGGCGAGGUCUAG